GGAAAAAUGGCGCCGUCCAUAUGAGAGCUCAUUCUCUCUCUGUCUCACAUACGCGCACACAAAACCUCUCUCUAAAGGCGUUGCUUGCACGAUCUCUCUUCUAUUUCUUAAGCUUACGAAUUUAAAAAUCAUAUCAACAAAUGGGUUGCUGAAUAAAGAAUUUAAUUGAUUCAAAAGUAGAGAAGAAGAAAAAAAAAGGGGGUGCUUCAGAAAGGAAGGAAUUUGAUAAAGUUUCGACUUUUAUGGCUGAUGAAAGUGAGGAUUCACUUGUAACUCCCGACAAAGGAGGGAACUCCAUAAACACGAGCAAGAGCGAUUCUUGCAGCUCACCGGCAAAUUCCCCCUCAAAAUCGGAUUCUGCUUUCGAUAAACGAGAAGUUGUCUCACGUUACCUUCGUGCAUCCACUGGAUCUUGUCACGAUUUCUGUAAAUUCGGUAACAAACAUUCGGCUGAAGAGAAGGCAAAAAAGCCCCUCAGAAAAAGGAUUGCAAAAUCUUUACGGGACGAGCCUUUUGUGCAGAUAAUUGUUCCUUCGGGCGAGAAAAAGAAAGAAAAAAUUGUCAAAAGCCACUCAUCUGAUUUAAACCCAACUCAAAACACCAAAUCCUAUUCCUUGAAGCCCAACAAUACAUCAUCCUCGGGUAAGAAGGUUUUAAAAAACGAGCCUUUACUGGAUACUAAAAUCCUCCUCUCUCAUGAUAAAAAGCAGCCAUCCUUCACAAAAACUAAAAAAUCAUCAUGUGCCAAAACUGGUUCUUCCCCAAAUGAAAAUGGCUCGUCAAAAAGUAAGCCCAUUUUCAGAAAGUCCAAAUCUUUAUUUACCAAGAAAAGUCCCUCCCUCGAUCCUCCAGAAUUCGUCAAGAGUGUGUGUUUUCCUUCUGCAAACGAUGAUGACCUAGUUAAGGUUAAACCGGCAUUAUCUUCUUCUGAAAAUUUCGAUCUUAUACGUGAAAAGGGGAUGAUAAAGCAAACCGAAUCUAGCGUGGGAAGAAAAAUGAUAUCUUUCAGAAAAGAAUCUGCAAAGAAAGUAUUGGAACCUUCUGCAGACUCGAAACUUCCCGUCAUAAAGAGGACUUACAGUAAUUCAAGAAAAUCUGGAAAUGCAAAAUCGGUGUCUCGUUCGAAGGACAUAAAUGGUGUGAUGAGAAGAGUUGGUAAUAAUGAGAAGAAGGGCUCUGAGAAAAUCCUGCACGUGAUCGACACGAAAAAUGUGAAUACUGCAACUGAGUCCUCACCAAAUGACAAUUUUUCAUUUUUGUCCUCUCCUGCGGAAGACCAUGAGGAGAAGAGGGAGUUCACUAAUGGUGAAGAAGCAGAUGAAUUUAUCUCCAAGAAAAAUGAGUCCCUUGAGAUUGUGAAGAAGAAUCAUAGUAAGACUCUGAAAAAGUCAAAGUCUUCUGUGUCUGAAGAAUACAAGACUCGAUCUCCCGUGAAGCUGAAAUUCAGAAACGGGAAAAUUUUGGAUGCUCAGUUGAAUAAUAAUAGUAAUGUCCCGAGUAAACUCAGGUUUAGGAAGGCGAGAGUCGUUCGGGAUGAUGAUGAAGGCAAAAGUAGUGAUUUGAGGAGAAAAUUGUUCAAGACUGAUGUUAUUAGUGAUGGGAAGAGCCGUGAGGAGGUUUCAUCUGAAAAGGUUGUCUUAAAAAAGCACCAAGAUGUUCAGGGCAAGAAAGGUCAUCUAGGUUUGUUUAAUAAUGUUAUAGAACAAACUGCAAGUAAGCUUGUUGAGAGUAGGAAAAGUAAGGUUAAAGCCCUUGUGGGAGCUUUCGAAACCGUGAUCUCCCUCCAAGAGAGUAAACCUUCUCCGCAGGCUGUG